AAAGAGAAAACAUAAAGAGACAUGGUGACGGUGAUAUUCGCGUGGCUUGGUAAUAAAAACAUGAGACUUGUGGAUUAAUUAAUACUAUUUAUUGUAAUUAUUCAUCAGUUUUACAAAAAAUAUAUUAUUAUUGUAGUAUAUAGGACACAUUUAAUUGUACGUAAAUUAUAAAAGUAAGAUGAUAACCGGUGAUGUUAGUUCGACGUAUUUAAUGGACUUUGUCAUUAAGAGUAAAAUGCUUAAUAAAUAAUACGUUGUAAAAGGCUAUAAUUGUAAGGAGAGAGAAAAAAGGAGACAAAAUAUUAAAGCAAACUUGAUUGAAGUACCAGAGAGAUAAUUAAAGAGAUAAAUUGAUAAGGAAAUAACUAGAGCGUAAUAACAUUAACUAUGGGGGCAUUUUUGGAUACACCGAACACUGAGAAGUACAACGAACAUGGUUCGGGUAAUGAUUUGCAAUACGGAGUGGCAAGUAUGCAAGGAUGGCGUAUGGAGAUGGAAGACGCACAUUGUGCGAUUACAGGCUUGGAGGGUGGCCUGUCUGAUUGGAGUUACUUUGCGGUAUUUGACGGGCAUGCUGGGGCGCUAGUUUCCGCGCACAGCGCGGAACAUUUGCUGGACUCGAUUGUUGAGACGGAGGAGUUUAAAUCCGAGGAUGUGAUAAAGGGUAUACAUUCAGGUUUCCUGCGACUUGACCACAAAAUGCGUGAUCUGCUGGAGACGAGUAAAGAUAAGUCUGGGUCAACAGCUGUUUGUGCAUUCAUAUCACCGAAACACAUUUAUAUCGCAAAUUGCGGUGACUCCAGAGCGGUACUGUGCAGCGCAGGAAGUCCUGUUUUUUCGACACGAGACCACAAACCCGUGUUGCCAGCUGAAAAAGAACGCAUCCAAGCAGCAGGUGGUAGCGUUAUGGUAGAACGUGUUAAUGGAUCAUUGGCUGUAUCACGUGCUCUUGGUGAUUAUGAGUACAAAAACGUCGAAGGACGUGGACCAUGUGAGCAAUUAGUCUCACCAGAACCAGAGAUUUUCGUCCGAGAUCGGGACAUGGAGCACGACGAGUUUUUAGUACUCGCCUGUGACGGCAUUUGGGACGUUAUGACCAAUCAAGAUCUUUGUGAUUUUAUUUACUCCAGAUUAUUGCUCACUGACGACUUAGAGGCUGUUACUAACCAAGUUAUUGAUACUUGUCUUCACAAGGGUAGCCGAGACAAUAUGAGCAUAGUAUUGGUAACAUUUCCUGCGGCUCCCAAGCCAAGUAUCGAAGCACAAAAGAAGGAAGCCGAGUUAGAAAUGACCAUCGAAAGGAGAAUUAAAGAAAUCGUUGCACAACAAGAGGGCAAAGACGGCUUCGAUUAUUUGGAACUGCUACGGAUUCUUGUUGAUCAAGAACUACCGAAUCUACCCCCUGGAGGCGGUCUGUCAGCAAAGCAACCACUUAUUGAACAAGUGUUUCGGGAAGUGUGCCCUGGCAGAGCGAAGAGCAUUGUCAAAACGCAGAGUUUCAAUCCGUUGGAAGUUGACAAAGCAAAUCCUUAAGCUUACAAAGUUGUCGACUUGUCACCGAACAAAAUUACUGUCAUCGAUAAUCUAAAAAUACAAGAAGAAACUUGGAAAAAAAAAUUUUUUUUUUUUUUAAUCAGACUCUAUAUAACUUUUUUGAUAAUUCUUGUACCUGAAAUUACAUGCGUUUUGUCUAUCUUACUUAUAAUCAUUGUUUUUUCAUAAAAAAAUUUUUUGUUUUAAUUUUAAAUUAAACUUUCAAUAAUUGUAGAAAAAAAAUUAAAAAACUAAAAAAACACUCAGCAGUAACUGAAAAAAAAAUUUUAAAGUGCCAAAGUGACAUUGAUGUUGAGCGUAAAUCUAAAAAAAAAAAGAUUAAUUAUUAAAUUAAUACUAAUAUAUUAAAGAGAUGCAAAUUAAUAUUGCCGAGAGAUAAAAUUGCUAAUUUAAUUACUUGUAAUAAUUAAAUUAAAUGGUACGAGAUGUUAUAGACGGUUGAAAGUACUUAUAAUAACUGCUCAGUGUGAAUCUUGUUUUCAUCCAUAAAAAGUAUCCAUGCAUGUUUUAUUUAAGUUAAUAAAUCCUUUGACUGUAAAGAAAUUAGCACAAAAAUCUUGCUGAAGGCAGGAAGAUAAUUGAAUAAUUACUUACCUAAUUGAACCCGCUUCAGUGCUCCAAAUAAACCGUCAUGUUAAUAAAAUAGCGCAUCGUGUUAUAUGAUUACAGACGUCAGAAUCCAGUUAGUCGUAUGAGUUUUUAUACAUAAAACUGCAGUAAAUGUUUGACUGCAAACUAACAGGUUAAUAUGUGGACAAAAUACUAUAAAGUUACAAGAAUACAACACACCGACGUCUACGCAAUGGAGCAUUUGACAUAAUACAAAAAAAUUUAAAUAAAUGAAUGAUAAUAUUAAAUCUUAAUUUUAAUUAAUAAUAAUAAUAAUAAUAAUAGUAAUAACGAUGAUAUGAUAAUGAUUAAUGAUGGAUGAUUGUACAAAAUAAUUAUAAGUCAUGGGUACUUUUCGUCUUAUGCUAAAAAAAAUUACAAUAUCCAGUGUGCGAUAUGUAUACUUAUGAAACGAGUUUCAACGCUCCUCUGACCAUAACUUUUUUUUUUUGUACAAAGCAUUUUCAUUGUAUUCUGCGGUUUAAUUUAUAUAAUUACACUCUGACAGAUACACAAACAUAUAAAAAUAUUUAAGAUUAAAAAAAAAGUAUGUUAAGGUCAAUAAGUAAAGUUUAAUAAAAUAUUAAUUCUCGAUGUAACUUUAAAUAGAUACGACCCAUUUGAGUAGAUAACAAAAUAUAUUGUAUUUCAUAGUUAACGGCUGUUUGUUUUUAGGAUCAAAGCCUUUCCUAUUUUUUAAAUUUAAAACUAUUGUAUAAUUAAAUCUUUUAACAAAUCAUAUUAUCAGUUAUUUAUUUUUUUAUCAUACUAUUAUUAUACCGUAAUAAAAUACUAUACUCUAAUAAUAUUAAUAGUUAUGAUGAUGAUUAAUGAAUAUUAAUUAAUCUUUGAUAAUUAGGGUAAGUAAUUUUGACUAGAUGGAUUUUUUUCCUUAUGAUUACUGUACGUAGUUAUUAUAAUGACCCACUGCACAAAUGAUGAAUGAUGUAUUUAAAUGUUGCCAAGUAAUUUCACAAACCUAUAAUAAAGUUAAUUGUAAUUAAAUGUUA